UCAUGAUAACUUAUUAAGCUCUACAAGUACUCCAGAAAACACAUAGUAAUUUAAAGUCUCCAUCCACAGCAGUCCUUCUCAAACAACCUUAAGCAAAUCAAUCUGAGUCUUUAGCAGACAAAAGAAAAUUUUAGACAAAAUGGUUAAGGAAAAUGAAGUGCCUGCAAGCUUGGAAUGGAGGGUGAACAUGCCUAGUGGCUCAUCGCGAAUUUUAGCGCCAGAGUCCAGGCAAACAUGCAGAUUUUUCAGUAGAUUCCAGAGCUUAGUUAUGGGGAUUGUUUUAAACAUUAAGGACUUUUUUGAGAAGGCGUGGACUUUAGCUGUAAAUGAGCCAAAAAAGGUUAUUCAUUGCCUCAAAGUAGGACUGGCUCUUUCCAUUGUGUCAGUGUUUUACUACAUGAGGCCUCUGUAUGAUGGUGUUGGAGGAAAUGCUAUGUGGGCAGUUAUGACAGUUAUAGUUGUUUUUGAGUACACUGUAGGUUCCACACUUUAUAAGUGUGUAAAUAGAGCUAUUGGAACAUGUCUAGCUGGAUCUCUAGGAAUUGGUGUUCAUUGGGUUGCAAGUCAAGCUGGGGAUAAAUUUGAACCUGUUAUUCUCCAAGCUUCAGUUUUUCUCUUAGCUGCUGCAGCAACCUUUUCUCGGUUUAUACCUACAAUAAAAGCGCGAUUUGACUAUGGUGCCAUGAUCUUCAUCCUUACCUUCAGCUUAGUGUCAGUGUCAGGCUAUCGCGUUGAUAAGUUGGUUGAAUUGGCUCAUGAAAGGUUCUCCACAAUUGCUAUUGGGGCCUCCAUCUGUAUUUUAAUUACCACGAUUCUUUGUCCUGUAUGGGCCGGUACUGAGCUGCAUCAUCUCAUUAGUAGUAACCUGGAAAAACUUGCUCAUUCCUUGGAAGGAUAUGCUGCUGAGAACUUCAGAUUAGAUAGCAGCAAUCAUUCAAAUGAGAAAGAUUCCAGUAAGAGACUGCAAGGCUACAAAUGUGUACUUAAUUCUAAGGCUGCUGAAGAAUCCAUGGCCAAUUUUGCUAGAUGGGAGCCAGCACAUGGAAAAUUCAAUUUCCGACAUCCAUGGAAACAGUACCUCAAGGUUGGAGCUUCAAUGAGAAGCUGUGCCUAUUGCAUCGAGACCCUCCAUGGUGGCAUCAACUCCAAUACUGAGACUCCUGAGUUCCUUAAGAAGCCUCUCAACGAUAUCUGCAUGAGAUUAGGUACUAGCUCCUCCAAGGUGCUAAAAGAGCUGUCGAGUAUGAUAAAAAUGAUGAAAAAUUCAACAAAGCUAGAUAUACUUGUUGAUGAAAUGAAUUCUUCGGUCGAAGGACUUCAAAAUGCCCUCAAGACCUUCCCAAGUUACCAGCAUAUACCAACCCCAGAUCCCGCAACUGACGAGCCACCUAAUGGUACACAAGAGCCUUGCUUGAAACCUACUGCUUUAUCGCUCCUGGAAAUUGUUCACAUGGCCACUUUAACAUCACUGCUCGUAGAAAUAGCAUCAAGAAUAGAAGGGAUUGUAGAGGAGGUCAAAGAACUGGCAACUCAAGCAGAAUUCAGAGAUGAAAGCAGCAAGAAGUCCAAACAAACUCAGACAAAACUAAAUGGAAAUGAUGGUAAUGGACAUGAAGUAACAAUGACAACUGUUCAAAAAGUCUGAGUUAAUUACCAUUAGAGGAUGAACUGAACUUGGUGGGGAUUUGACAGGCUCCCCGCUUUUAUGAGGCAUCUGUCACUAUAAACUGCAUAUUGUACAGAAAACAGAUGACUGUCAUUACUACAGUAGGGACAUUUGAGGGAAUAUAGGAUGAACUUUCUUUCUCCUUCUCUUUUGCUGCAUCUCUCUCUCUAUCUCUAAUCUCUGUCUCCAUUUUUCUACUCUUGAAAUAAGCGCAGAGGAUACAGAACCAUGUUUUUACAUACUCUGAACUUUUUUGUUGACACAAAUGCAUUUGCGCAAGCUUAACUAGUUAGUAGAAAUACAAAUGAUACAAUGAGAAUAACUAAGCUAUUUGAGUUUGUUAGUCAAUAAGAAUCUGUCAUGACAUUAGUUUGAGUUUAAAUAACGUAAUUCUCUUUAUGAGAACAUAAAUAAAGGUUGCACAGGGUUCACCCUCUUAUUCUUCUUACAAUUGAGCAGAAUAUAAUCGAGAGAUAUGUAGAUCUAAGGCAAUUACGCUGCAUGACAGCAGCAUGCACAAACUGCCAAGUGCAUUCCAAGAUCACAAAUCCUGAAUAUUAUAGUAAAUCUUUCUCUUGCUUUUGCAAGUGGAAUUCACUCAGUGGUGGCCCAAAAGCCAAUGGCCUAAUUAGAUGUCAGACUUCAGAAAUUAAGUGCCAAAGCUACAGCAGCGGGUUAUCUUUUUUAACUUAGCAGUUUAUAUCUAAGCUACUUUUAAAGUUAGAAUUUUUAUUUUACGUAUGCUUUAUGCAUCUCUGACUCGUUGCCAAAAGGCAAACUGCUAAGGAGGCACAAAUACUUCCUGGUUCUACUUUUACCCUGUCAACUCUAGGUUGAAACAGAGAGAAAAAUGUGAACCCCUUAUAGUGCAAUUCAACCAAAAAACUAUAGUGACCUCACUCGUCAAAAAAAUCAUAAGUAGGGAAUCGUGCGUAGCUAGAUAUGUUUAUAUAAGAAUUCUUUGGUAAGGAAAAUCUGUUGGUAAGCAGAAAUGGACAUUCUUGCUGAUAGAUCAGAGGUGAAAUAUUUGUUGGUUGAUAUCAGAAGGUUAUCCUUUCUGCUAAGGGAAGGACAUGGAGUCCAUGGCAUACUUCUCAUCUCUGGGUUUCAUCCCAGAAAUUGCUAUGAACCCAGCAGAGUUCUUGCCUGUCAAAUUCAAAUAAGGAAAUGCUUUCCCCAACCAUUAGGGAAAAUGGGGUCGAUAAAGGAGGGAGGUGCGGCAGGGGAAGGAGAACAUUAUUCAGCUGAUAAUCUACAGCAAGUCCAUCUUUUCAGUGUGUUUCACAAAGUCAAGAAGGCGCUGAUAUUUUCUUCCAACUUUACCCUUAUAAAUUAAUGAAGUUUUACAUAACCAAGAACCAUUAAAGAGCUACUUCUUUUUCAAGGCAUUUGAUUAAUGGUAAGUUAGUAAAAACACUUCUUACUUUCUAGGAGUGAGUAGUUUUCUUAAGGGGUGUGCCCAAGCUAAAAACACCACUUAUUAUAAAACGAAGGGAGUACCAAAAUUUGGCAACAUGAUAAAAUGACUUGUUCAGAAAAUGUGAAGACAUAUCUUUGUACACAGGAUAACAAACCAAUACCAAUAACUUAUAUUAUUAAUGUACAUCGGAUAUGGUGCCACACAUGGAUAGCCAAAUGGCAGUUCCUGGACCAGAAUGGUUAUGACAAGAAGUCAACUAGACUAAUUAUCACAAA